CCACAUUCAUCAAUCAUGUCCAAUGUGACUUACACCUCACAAGACCCCUUUUACUUCAUUCUCACGGGCAUCCCUGGAUUUGAAGCCUCCCACAUCUGGAUCUCCAUUCCUUUCUGCUUCCUCUACACCUUCUCCAUCAUGGGCAACACCACCAUCCUCACUGUCAUCUGCAAAGAACCGUCUCUCCACCAGCCCAUGCAUCUAUUUCUCUCCAUGCUGGCCCUAAAUGACCUGGGUCUCACCCUCACUACCCUGCCCACAGUCAUGCAGCUCCUCUGGUUCAACAUGUGUAAGAUCAGCUUUGAGGCCUGUUUUGCUCAGUUGUUCUUUCUUCAUGGAUUUUCCAUUAUGGAAUCUUCUGUCCUUCUGGCCAUGUCCUUUGACCGCUAUGUGGCCAUCUGCCGUCCCCUCUAUUAUGCCGCCAUCCUCACCAAUAAAAUAAUUGGUAGAAUUGGGUUAGCCAUCAUUUGCCGCAGCAUUCUGGCUGUUCUUCCUUCCCUUUUUCUACUCAAGCGCCUGCCCUUCUGCCAUUCUCACCAUCUCUCUCAUUCCUUCUGCCUCCACCAGGACCUGAUCCGCCUGGUCUGUGCUGACAUCCGGGUCAACAGUUGGUACGCAUUUGCCCUGGUCUUGCUUAUUGUCACAAUGGAUCCUCUGCUUAUUGUGCUUUCCUAUACACUCAUUCUGAAAAACAUUUUGGGCACAACCAAUUGGACUGAGCGACUCCGCGCCUUCAAUAACUGUCUGUCUCACAUUUUGGCUGUUCUGGUCCUCUAUGUCCCCAUGAUUGGUGUAUCUAUGACUCACCGCUUUGCCAAGCAUGCCUCUCCAUUGGUUCAUGCUAUCAUGGCCAACAUCUACCUAUUGGCUCCUCCUGUGAUGAAUCCCAUCAUUUAUAGUGUAAAGACCAAGCAGAUCCGCCAGGGAAUCUUGCAUCUCCUUUUCCCCCAAAAUAUGCAUUCAAAAUGA